AUGCGAGGUCUUCGACGAGCUGAAAAUGUUUUACAAACUGGGUGUGCUUGGAAAAUUGGGAAUGGGAGUAAUGUCGUUGCUUCAAAGGAUAAAUGGGUUCAUGGUAGGGUGCCCAUUUUUGCUUCCCACAUUCGACUAAUGGAUUCUAAGUUAUGGAAGGUUAGUCAUUUUAUACAAAGCCAAACACUUCAAUGGAAUGCUACACUUGUUAUAAAAUCUUUUGAAUAUAAGGAUGCAUCUGAUAUUCUCUCGGCUGAAUUGCCGUGUUCUACUUCACCGGAUUUCUUAUAUUGGACUAAGCAUAAUACAGGGAAUUUCACGCUUAAAACUGGGUAUGCCUUUCUUCGGGAAAUUGAUGACCAAAGACAUCAUCUAAAUAACCUGGAUACUAAAAGGUUCCUUCCUUUCUUUAAAUUACUUUGGGCGCUAAAAAUUCUCCCAAAGUGGAAAUUGUUUAUUUGGAAGCUGAUUGUCGAAGGGAUUCCAGUCAAAACAAGCUUGUUUAGACGCGGAGUUAAUUUGGAUAUCACUUGUGACUUUUGUGGGGACCACGAUGAAGACUCUCAACAUAUAUUCCGCCUUUGUAAAUUGGCUCAAGAUGUGUGGAGAAGUAGUAUGCUAGCCAUACUCUCAAAUCUUAAUGAGAAUCUUUCUAUGCAAGAUUGGAUUCUCAAUUAUAUCCAGCUUUUUAAAAGCGUGGAUGGAACGAACACUGACAGAAUAGUUACUUUUAUCGCAACCUCGUGGGCCAUUUGGCUUACACGAAAUGAAAGACUGUUUAAUUCUCAUACUGGAGAUUUAAGUACGUUUCAGAUUCAGCUUCAGCUAGCUUUAGAGCAACACAAGGUGUUCAGGGGUAAGGACAAAGGAAAUUUGGGAUCUAUUCAUUCGACAGAUCAUACACCUGAUUACCCUCCAGGAUUUUACUUUGCAAAUAUAGGUGUGGAAAGUUUGCAAAUAUCUAAAACAGUCAUUCAAAUAGAUGGAGCUUGGAAUAAAAGAAACCGAAGAGCGGGAAUGGGUUGGGUUCUUCAGCAACAAUAUACAAAUGGCACGGAGAUUAUUGGAGGUUGUGACUAUGGUUUAGGCCAAUCAGCGCUUCAUGUUGAAGUUAUGGCUUGUCUCCGAGCUUUGCAAUGGGAUGUGGAUUCAUCGUAUGAGGACAUUGUGGUGUACACUGAUUCUGCUAUUUUGGUUUCCCACUUGCAGAGAAGAGUUAAACCUAUUAUUCAGAUUCAUUGGACAAUAGAGGCGAUUCUCGACAUCGGCAAGAGUUUUAAGAAUUGCAUUAUCUACAAAGUGCAUCGUGACCAGGUUCAGCCAGCUCAUGAAUUGGCAAAGAGGGCUUCUACAUAUGGAUUGCAAUUUUCUUCGGCAAGUGGUGAUGGGUUUAAUAGUUAA